CGUUCACUUGGCAACGCCAAGCGCCGUAGACGGUCGCUUUUCCCCGCUGCUUUCGCGCACGAUAAAUCUGAAGAAAACCCCAUGUUACCUUCAACCGUGCGGUGUUUAUUAGUUUCAUCCCCGGUUAACCCGCCUGAGCGCGCACAAGGUUGAUUAGGGAGUGGGAAGAGAGCGCGCGCGAGAGUGAAUAUGAGAGGGGCUCGCCGCAAACUGUCAUUAGGUUGACAGAGAUGGGCUGCUGAUUUGGGAAUCCCGGAGCGCAGGAAGCACCAGGCAGCACCAUGACCGUAUUCAACCAGGAGAAUGUGGAGGAUUAUUAUGAGGUUGGAGACGAGCUCGGGAGUGGCCAGUUUGCCGUAGUAAAGAAGUGCCGCCAUAAGAGCACUGGUGUGGAAUAUGCAGCCAAAUUUAUCAAGAAGAGGCGCAGCAAAUCCAGUCGGCGAGGAGUAUCAAAAGAGGACAUCGAGAGGGAGGUCAGCAUCUUGAAGGAAAUCCAGCACCCCAAUGUCAUCACUCUGCAAAAUGUGUUUGAAAACAAGAGCGAGGUCAUUCUCAUCCUGGAGCUUGUGGCUGGUGGUGAACUCUUUGACUUCCUAGCUGAGAAAGAGUCAUUGAGUGAAGAGGAAGCCACCGAGUUUCUCAAGCAGAUCUUGGAUGGAGUCAGUUACCUGCACUCCAAACAGAUCGCCCACUUUGACCUGAAGCCAGAGAACAUCAUGCUGCUGAACCGGAGCAUGCCCCAUCCCCGCAUUAAGCUCAUUGACUUUGGUCUGGCCCACAAGAUCGAUUUUGGCAACGAUUUCAAAAACAUCUUUGGUACCCCAGAGUUCGUAGCCCCAGAAGUGGUCAACUAUGAGCCCCUUGGCUUGGAGGCAGACAUGUGGAGUAUUGGAGUCAUUACUUAUAUUCUGCUUAGUGGUGCCUCACCGUUCCUGGGUGAAAAUAAACAGGAGACGCUUGCUAACGUGUCAGCCGUGGACUACGAGUUUGACGAAGAGUACUUCAGCAACACCAGUGCUCUGGCCAGAGACUUUAUUGCACAGCUGUUGAUCAAAGACCCAAAAAAAAGAAUGACAAUCCUGGACAGUCUUCAACACCCCUGGAUCAAGCCAAAGGACACACAGCAGGCAUUGAGUCGCAAGGAGUCAGCCGUGAACAUGGAGAAAUUUAAGAAGUUUGCUGCCAGAAGAAAGUGGAAGCAAUCGGUACGUCUCAUCUCACUUUGUAACCGGCUGUCCCGCUCCUUCCUGUCCAGAAGCAACAUGAGUGUGGCACGCAGUGAUGACACGCUGGAUGAGGAAGACUCAUUUGUGAUGAAGGCUAUCAUUCACGCAAUCAAUGACGACAAUGUUCCAGGCUUAAAACACCUGCUUGGCUCCUUGACCAGCUAUGACAUCAACCAACCCAACAAGCAUGGAACACCCCCACUCCUGAUCGCCGCAGGCUGUGGAAACAUCCACAUCAUUGACGUGUUAAUGAAAAAAGGGGCAGAGAUUCAAGCUCUCGAUAAGACUGGAGCCAAUGGUAUCUACUACGCCUCCCGACAUGGCCACGUGGGGACCUUGAGAUUCCUGCAUGAAAAGAAGUGCCCUCUGGACAUCCAAGAUAAGUCCGGAGAAACAGCUCUGCAUGUAGCUGCUCGAUAUGGUAAUGUGGAUGUUGUCCAAUACCUGUGCAGUAUCCAUGCUAAUCCUGACCUACUAGACCGGGAACAGGAGACACCUCUUCACUGUGCAGCUUGGCACGGAUACUCCGCGGUGGCCCGAGUUCUGUGCGAGGCUGGCUGUGAUGUGAACGCACGGAAUCGUGAAGGCGAGAGCCCGUUACUCACUGCGUCCGCCCGUGGCUUCAAGGACAUUGUGGAGUGUCUGCUGGAGCAUGGGGCAAACAUGGACUCUGUUGAUAAGGACAGUCACAUUGCCCUGCAUCUGGCAGUGAGGAGGUGUCAGAUUGAAGUUGUCAAGUGUCUGCUCAGCCAUCAUUGUUAUGUAGACCACCAGGAUCGCCAUGGCAACACACCCCUGCACAUCGCCUGCAAGGACAGCAACCUGCCUGUGGUCAUGCAAAUCUGUGCCGCUAAAGCCAAUCUGGAUAUUCCUAACAAAUUUGGAAGAACACCGCUCCACCUGGCAGCUAGUAACGGGGGUCUGGAGGUGGUGCGUCAUCUCUGCGUUGCGGGAGCCAACACUGAAGCCAUCACCAAUGAUGGAAAGACAGCAGAAGAUCUUGCAAAUGCAGAACAGCAGGAGCACGUCGCAACGCUGCUGGCCAAGCUGAAAAAGGACAACCAUAAGACCAUUUACAUCCAGCAGCUGCGGCCUACACAGACCCUCCAACCUCGCAUCAAACUCAAGCUGUUCGGCCACUCGGGAGCGGGGAAGAGCACUUUGGUGGAAUCUUUAAAGUGUGGGAUCUUGCGCAGUUUCUUCAGGAGACGGAGGUCCAGACUGACCAAUCCUGUCCGACAUCCCGCCUCACCUGUCACUUCCAAACCUUCAGUGUCUGUGAGUAUCUCAAACCUGUAUCCAGGCUGUGAGAAUGUUAGCGUUCGUAGUCGCAGUAUGAUGUUCGAGCCCAGUUUGACCAAAGGAGUGCUGGAGGUCUUCAGUCCCGUACACAACGCUCUCUCUACGGCUGAUGACACCGCCACAAAAGCCAUCGACAUCCAGAACGCCAAUGUCAACGGUGUUGGAGACUUCAGUAUAUGGGAGUUCUCUGGUAAUCCUGUCUACUACUGCUCAUACGAUUACUUUGCCGCGAAUGACGCAGCUGCGAUCCACUUGGUUUUAUUCAGCCUGGAGGAGCCGUACGAGACUCAACUCAGCCAGGUCACAUUCUGGCUCAACUGCCUCAAGGCUCUCACGCUGCAAGAGGAUAACAUCGCCUUUGGAGGGAAGAUCAGGAAUCCACUGUGUGUGGUGCUCGUGGCCACACACGCUGACAUCGCGAAUCUCCCUCGAUCGUUCGGUGGAGAGUUCAUCUAUGACAAAGAGAGAUCUCUGCUUAGAGAAGUCAGAAACAGGUUUGGUAAUGACCUGCUGAUUGCUGAGAAGCUCUUUGUCAUGGAUGCAGGAGCAUCCAACUCCAAAGACAUGAAGCUGCUGAGAAACCUUCUGUUAGAGCUCAGAAACAACAUCAUCUCGACCUGCAGGCCUAUGACUCAGUUGGCAGAGAAGCUUUUGUCCACUCUGCCUUCCCUGAGGAAACUGAGCGGUCCGAACCAGCUCAUGUCGUGGCAACAGUUUGUCGUGGAUGUACAAGAACACAUCAACCCUCUGGCCAGUGAAGAGGAUCUGCGGGAGCUGACUUUACAACUUCACAGCAUGGGAGAGAUCAACAUCAUGCAGAGUGAAACCGUCCAAGAUGUUGUCCUGCUGGAUCCCCGCUGGCUUUGUAGUAAUGUCCUUGGCAAGCUUCUCUCCAUUGAAACCCCCAAAGCAAUCCACCAUUACCGUGGUCGCUAUCGUGUGGAGGAACUCCAAAACCUGGUCUCUGAAGGCGACAUCGACGAACUCCUCCAGAUCCUUGAUGCCAUGGACGUCUGUGCCCGAGACAUAGCCAACCCGGGAAUGGUUGACAUUCCCGCCCUCAUACGCACGGGUGGGCUGCAGCACACUUGGACAGACGAAGACGACAUCGAAGGCGAAGACACUUUAAUUUACGGUGGAGUACGUGUCGUCCCUGUAGAGCACUUAGCCCCGUUCCCUUGCGGACUCUUUCAUAAGCUUCAAGUCAACUUGUGUCGCUGGAGCCGGCAACAAAAGCCCGAGGUUGAGCCUGAGGACGUCCGUUUGUGGAGCAGCGGAGCUCGGGUUGGGCUCGGUGGUGCCGAGGCUCUAGUUCUGCUUGUUAACCACGGGCAGGGCAUGGAGGUACAGUUACGAGGACCUGAAGGAGAUCCCACACGUUGUUAUGCUCUGUUGGACACAUUGUGCGGCAUGACAGAAAGUCUCGUGGCCGCUACGUUACCUGGAUUGUUAACUGCCCGACAUUAUCUGAGCCCCCAGCAGUUGCGGGAGCACCACGGACCCAUCAUGCUCUACCAACCUAGAGACUUUUUCCGGGCUCAGGCGCGCGGUGAGAACGCCCUGUCUAACACAAUGGGCGGCUAUCGCGAGAGCUUUGUUAGCAUCGUAGCAUUAGGUUGCACACAGGUCUACAAACAGGGCAGUCUCGGUAGGGACGUGCCCGUGGCGGAGCUCGGUCACCUGGCUCGACGCAAACUCUGCCGCCUGCUGGACCCGCCCGACGCCCUUGGAAAGGACUGGUGUUUGUUAGCCAUGAACGUGGGCCUAAGCGAGCUAGCUGCUAAAUAUAGCGGCAGCGCCAACGGGACCCCCCCUGCAGACCCCCUUUCCCUUCCCAGCCCAACAGCCACACUUCUGCAAGAGUGGAGCCAGCGAUCAGAUUCUACCGUAGGCAUUUUGCUUGCUAAAUUGCGAGAACUUGGCCGUCGAGACGCGGCAGAUUUUCUUCUCAGAGCCGCGCCAGUGUUCCGGGUUAAUUUGGAGAUUCUGGGAACUCCGCCAGAGCCGUACAGCCCUGUGUGCAAUGGAGGCGGCACAUCUUACAAUUCCAUCAGUUCUGUGAUCUCUCGCUAGGACUCCAAUUGUGUCUGUAGAGAAACGUGCAAUUUCAUCAGUGGAGUGAUGUUCAAUCUCAGAUCCCUGGUGUUUAAAGACUAAAGUAUUGAGUUUAUUUCCACUGAUGCCAUCUGCGAUUUCUGAAUGUUCAACCUUGGUAUCUUUGAAAUGGUGCCUCUGUAAGAAAAAAAAAACAAGGGAAUCUUGUAUCACCUGUCUAAAUUAAAAUAAAGUGAAACUGCAGAAGGCCUUUCCAAACGUCCUUACUGAAUGAUAAUUCUGCAGUUUUGAAUGAUACAUUUCAGUCUGAAUCAAAGAAAUGAAACCACAUUCGAUGGCCGAAUGAUCACAAAGUGCUUGGAAGCGUUACUUGAUGAUAAAAAGAUAAUAACUCAAUCUAUUGAGUGCCUUGGAGAUGAUAAACUGUUCUAGAUUGUAACAUUUGAUGUGCCAUGUGCUACCUACUAAAAGCAAAUUUAAUUUAAACACCUGUGGAAGUGUUUCAGUGUUUACCCUUUCUAGAACAAUUCAAAUGUUCAUAUAUAAAUGAAGAACAAGUCUGUUCUCAAACAUUCAGAGUUUGAGAACAUUCGGAGGAAAUUGUAUCUACCUUACCGUUCCUUACUGCAACAAAACCAUAUUUUUUCAGACAGGAUUUUAUUAAGAAGAUGAAGCACAUAAACAUUCCUUGACGAAAGUAAAUGUUAACAUUUUUUAAAGUCUGCUUCCUAAAAUUCUGUGUCCCAGUGUAUUUACUGACUUUCAAACGUCGUCACAUUUAAGUACGGUAUACUUGUGUGACCUCAAUGAAACAAUGCAGUUCUAAGUGCAAACGAUGAAAUACUCCAGGCAUUUCUUUUUAUAAAAUCUCUGCUGCAAUAUCUUGGUAAGCAUGAACUGAGUAUUGUUACAAUUGUUUAACUGCUAUAUAAAUGUUUUCUGUUUCACACAUUCACACUCUUAAGCAUUAGAUUGAAAGCAAAUUAUUUUAAAGGGAUUGCAAUUGGGCAAAAAAAUCAUAAAAUGUGUAGAACUGUUAACAGAGAUCCUGUUUCACUGUUAUAUUUAAGUGGUAUAAAUUUAUAUAAAUCAUAACAGCCAUCUGUUUGAAUUGGGUUUUAAUAAAGUGGUAUGCGGGGCACAAAUGCAUUGACAACGUGAAAGCUGUAGGUGGCAGCAAACCUUCCCUAUUAUGUCUAUAUGCUAUGACUUUUCCUUCAAAGGAAACAGCUACAGUUUCAUCUUUUCUAAUAUCUUAAAUGAACUUUCAACAGUCCCAUGUAACAUUCUGGGGCUUCCAGCUCUUUAUUCCUUUGCAGGCACUCUUAAAAUCACAAGCAAACUUUUCUGAAAGGGAACUGGGCAUAUUGUGUUUUUUCAUUCCAAAGGCACAUUUUUAUACUGUGAUUAUGUCUGUGUAUUAUAAAUCUGUCUGUUUAUUUGUGUUCAAGCUUAAUCAUUUCCUUUAUAAAGACUUUAACAGGGUAAAUCAUAGGGGAAUUUAUCCUGUUGUAUUUAAGACUUGUACAGUCAUUUCUUUGCACAAGACCUACACAUCUAUUUAUAUUAUGUUCUGAAUGCAUGUCGCUGAAUGCCAUGUCCUUAAUAUUUCCUUAUAAUUUUACAGUGUACUACAUUUUUUUAUAAUAAAUUGUUUACUUGAUGACC